UUUGCCUCAUGUGCAAUAUCAGUUCACAAACAAAAUGGCCAGCUUAUUUUCCAGAAUCUUUUAUUGUUCCCGAUGACAUAUGAAACAGAAAGAACAGAGCUGGGUUUCCAAUACCAGGGGGAAACUGCAGUGCUAGCAGUGAGGGAGGGAGAUGUGGUUUGAUUUGUUUCUUGAAGGGAGAAAAUUUGACAUAAAAGGGGAAGGUUGCUCAAGCGUGACACCAGAUGCUACUUCCUCUUAAACUUUUCCCCACCCCCCCAGGGACUACAACAAUGAAAUAUGGACAUGAGAGUUUUAUUCAGUUCAAGGGCUCUGGUCAAAGGUAAACUUCUUGUCAACUCUCGGUGUCUGUAAGAGGAGUUGUCUGUGGCUGCUGAUCUUCUCUAAAUCCUUCAUUUUUUUCCCCUGAAACCCCAGAGCCCUCUAGUGGCCAAUAUUAAAGUAUUCAUAAGGAUUUUCUGUCAAAGGGUCUGCGCUUUUUUAAGUCAAUGGCAAAUGUCUGAUGGACUUCAGCCGGAGAACAAUAGGACCCAAAGCCAGGACCACCUACCCUGUCCAAUUUCCCUUAGUAAUCCUCUACUGCAUUCUUUCCACCUUACAAGGACCUCGUGUCUAAUGUUCAUCUUUACUGUUUUCCUAUAACUCAUUUCAAAUUAAGAGAUAAGGAUCACCACUACGUUCAACCUUUAUUUUUAAGGAGAGAAAUAUUUUUAGUCAUUUAAUAUUAAUCUGUGGUUUUAACAUCUUUACCUUUCAUUAUAGAAAAAUAAUUCUGAGACCUUUUUGAGUUGUAUUGCUUGCUCACAAAAAAAAAGGAAGAGGGUAAGAAAGAUCAAAUAAUUUUAGAUUAAUUCUGUAGCUAAGCAAAAUGUAACCACAUCCCUCCAAGGAAUCCACGCCUUAUGGACACAUUUGCUAAUGAUAGGUUGUUUUUGUUAAUAAUCCAAAAAAAUUGCAAAGCUUUUCAUUAUACUGUAUUGUCUAAACCCAUGAGAAUUUAAGGACUCUGGUAGAUUGAAAAGUCUACGGUGGGUGUAAAAUAUCAUGUAAGCAAAAGAACACUGGAAAUAAAUAUUGUACCCCAUUAUGAACAGAAUUAGUUACAUAAGAGAACAAAUAAUAGAGCUGUACAUCAGUUUGUGGCACAGACAAGUUGAAUGAUAAACAAGCUCUGUGCUUGUUUAAACUAAAUGCAAACUUGCAACUGCACUACAGAUUUUAAAAAGUUUUGGUGCACAUAGGAGGGGCAGCUUACCAGUUUCAUUAGACCAAGAUACAUAUAAAUUCUGUGUAGAGAAAGGAAGUGUGGGUUGGUUUCCACUUCCCAUGACAUGUUCUACUUUAUGAUAAAUAGAAAAGAUCGGUGCGUUUUAAAACGUGGGGGAUAAAAGUGAAGGGCUUUUUAGAGUGGGGAGGGGCUGCAUUUCACAUGAUCUUUUUCUUCUGAAUCUCAGAUACUCUUUAAAUGCAGCUAAUUCCAACAUAUGAAAUUCCAGCGCUGGGGAAAAGAAAGUCCGGGCGGGGAUUCUCCAGGAAGGUGAGCGGAGAGAGCGCUUGGGGAGAGAAACGCGUGCCGCGGGGGACUGAGUGUUCACGCUCUCGGGGGCCCCGCAGAACUCAGCGGCCGCUGAUGCGAAGCUGGCUGGGAGGCAGGUGGAGAGAGCGGUCCCUGACCACAGCCAGAAUUGGCCCCUGGAAGGACCUCGGAGAGCUCCAGCCGCUGCGCACGCACCUCAGCCCGCUCAAGCGGGGGCAGAAGGUGAAUAUAAGCCGGGCGAGCCGACGGGAGGAGGCAGUGAGGGUUGGGAGCCGCGGGGAGGACAGACGCUCCUAGAGAGGCAGCAGCAGCGGAGCCCAGGUGGGCGCCUCCAGGACUGGGACCGUCCCUGCACCAGCGAGAGGCGGCUCCUUGUCCCACCGCAGCCCAGCGGUGCUGGAGUCUCCCUGCCGGCUGGGGCAGCGCCGCCCGCUCCCUGGGGGUCUGGGCUCGUUCUGCUCGGCCUGAUGUGCCCCACGGCGGGCAGGGGAAGGGGCGCCCCGCCUGACAGCGCCUCCCUGCGGGAGCUGCCUGCGCUGGGCACCUGAAGCGGCAGCCGCCGCGCUGGCCGUCGCGGCUGUCUGAGCUGCUGCCUCCCGGGCUGGACUACGUGCCGAGCAUGUGCUUUGCAGGCGAGGGGGACCCGUGCCAGCCACCGGCGCGUAGCUCCUGAUCGCAGCCUCUGGCUGGGCGGAGAGAGACCCGCUCCCUCCAGCCUCCCCUGGCCAUGGGAUGGAUGCCCCGUGCGAGCCCAGUUACUGCUCGCUCGCCGUCAGCAUGAAGGAAGCCGGGGAGGGAGCGUCCCUGGCCGGGCAGUUCGGCAACGGGACCAACGAGUCCCUGCAGGAGCUCUUCAGGAGCAUCAACCUGGAGCGAGCCGACGGGCUGCAGGGGGACAGCUCCGCCGUCCUGCGCAUCGUCAUCUCCAGCGUCUACUCGGUGGUGUGCGCCCUGGGGCUGGUGGGCAACCUGCUGGUGCUCUACCUGAUGAAGAGCAAGCAGGGCUGGAAGAAAUCCUCCAUUAACCUCUUCGUGACCAGCCUGGCGCUCACCGACUUCCAGUUCGUGCUGACGCUGCCCUUCUGGGCGGUGGAGAACGCCCUGGACUUCACCUGGCUCUUCGGCAAGGCCAUGUGCAAGAUCGUCUCCUACGUGACGGCCAUGAACAUGUACGCCAGCGUCUUCUUCCUCACCGCCAUGAGCGUGGCCCGCUACCACUCCGUGGCCUCGGCGCUGAGCAGCCGACGGGGCAGCGCCGGGUGCUGCUCGGCCAAGUGGCUCUGCCUGCUCAUCUGGGGCGCGGCCAUGCUGGCCUCCCUGCCCCACGCCAUCUUCUCCACCACCGCCACCGUCUUCAACGAGGAGCUCUGCCUGGUCAAGUUCCCCGAGGGCCGGGGCAACAACGCCCAGUUCUGGCUGGGCCUCUACCAGGCUCAGAAGGUGCUGCUGGGCUUCGUGGUGCCGCUGGCGGUCAUCAGCCUCUGCUACCUGCUGCUGCUGCGCUUCCUGGGCGAGCGCCACGUGGGCCGGGCCUGCGGCGGGCCCAAGCGGCGGGCCAAGGUGACCCGCUCGGUGACGGUGGUGGUGCUCUCCUUCUUCCUCUGCUGGCUGCCCAACCAGGCGCUCACCGCCUGGGGCAUCCUGGUCAAGCUCAACGUGGUGCACUUCAGCCCGCAGUACUUCCUCUCGCAGGCCUACCUCUUCCCCGUCAGCGUGUGCCUGGCGCACUGCAACAGCUGCCUCAACCCGCUGCUCUACUGCCUGCUGCGCCGCGAGUUCCGCGCCGCCCUGCGCCGGCUGCUCUGGCGCCUGGCCUCCCCCUCGCUCACCGCCACGCGCCCCUUCACCGCCACCACCAAGCCCGAGCCCGAGGAGCAGGCGCUGCGCGCCCUGGUGCCCGCCAGCCCGCUGCCCCCCGCCGCCGCUCCCCAGCCCGAGCUCCUCUACUACCCGCCCGGCGUGGUGGUGUGCAGCGGCCGCUGGGACGUGCUGCCCAGCAGCUCCGCCGAGCAGCGCUGCUGA